AUGGGAUUAACGUCAAAAUUGGACAGGUUAAAGCUUAAAUCAGAUAGGGGUCAAAGUUCGAGUGGCAAUUCGGGCACAACGACUCCAGUGGGUGAGACAGCAACUGAAGAAGGAGUUCCAGAAGGGAGCAAGCACAGUUCAAACGAUACGGAUGAUAUUGACGAAAUUGAUAAUGAAGGACAGUCCAUAUUGAUGGGCAUUAUCUCGCAAUUAAGACCAGGAUGUGAUUUGUCGAAAAUUACGCUCCCCACGUUUAUUUUAGAGAAGAAAUCUAUGUUAGAGAGAAUUACCAAUUUCUUCGAAAUCCCUGACCUUUUGCUUGAAGCCGAUGCAACGGACGAUGCAUUGAUGAGAUUUGUGUUGAUGGUGAAAUGGUACUUGGCGUCAUGGCACAUUGCACCAAAGGCAGUCAAGAAGCCAUUAAAUCCAAUCUUGGGAGAGCUUUUUGCGUGCUACUGGGAUAACCUUCCAGGGGAUAGCACAGCUUAUUACAUAUCUGAACAGACAUCGCACCAUCCACCAAAAUCUUCAUACUUCUAUUUGAUACCAGAACGUAAGAUUAGAGUCGACGGGGUGGUUAUUCCGCAAUCGAAAUUUUUGGGUAACUCAUCCGCAGCCCUUAUGAACGGAUGGGGACAUGUGCAAUUAGGAAACAGGGGCGGUGAAACUUAUAUAAUGAACCAGCCAAACGUAUACUGUAGAGGUAUAUUAUUUGGCAAAUUACGGUAUGAAUUGGGAGAUCAGAUGGUUAUCAAGUGUCCUAAGACCGGGUUUGAAGCUAAUAUCGAUUUCAAAACGAAAGGGUUCAUAAGUGGUACUUAUGAUGCCAUUGAAGGUACUAUAAAAAAUACUAAUACUGGUGAAUCAUUAUAUUCUAUUACUGGUAAAUGGAAUGAGGUCAUGGACAUAAAGAAUCUUGCCACGGGUAAGAAGGAAGUGCUCUUUGAUACUUCUACUACCAGGAUCUUUGAGCCAAAGACGAGACCUAUUGAAGAACAAUUGGAAUACGAAUCGCGCCGUUUGUGGGCUCCAACUAUCAAUGCGUUGGGCAAGAGAGAUCACGAACUUGCUACCAACGAAAAGGCGAAAGUUGAAGGCGACCAACGUAUCAAAGCAAAGAAGAGACUCGAAGACGGGGUGGAAUUCCAUCCAAAGCUCUUUAGACCUGUCACCGAUAAAGAUAAAGGUGCUCAAGAUUUAGAAUAUGUCAUAUACAAGAGAUUCGAUUUGGAGAGCGAUCCUGAAACCUUAAGACAAACCAUCUUCGAUACUAUGCCAAUAUUACCGGGUCAGAUUGACAAUGCGUCACUCCAAAUACCCGCUUUUAAAAAGAACACUACUGAGACCCCUGAACAAGAACAUUUUGUUGAUGCUCCCGCUGCUCCUGCGGAUGCUCCUCCUGUUUAG